GCGCAUCCCUAAGGCGCCGCCCUCUGAAGCUUCCCUUUGACUUUUAAAAAAAGCCACCUCAUCUUCGCUGCCUGACUCCCGUUGUGUUCGCCCCGCGUCACUGCUGUGCUCCUCUGCCCGAGCUUCGUGCAGGUGCCGACAUGAUACCAGCCCUCCAAGAUGGGCAGAGUGUGAACAGUUGGCAGUGUUAGAUGCUGCAGUGUGCGGGCAUGUGUGGCACGAGUUUUCAGUUCCUUAUCCCCACUGAAUUCCAAAUUCUUUCAGCACCGGAAGCCACUUCUUCAUUAAGGACCAGUUUACACUGAACUGUCAUGGCAUCUGACAAAUUUGUCAUUAAGUUGCUAUUGCUCUAGAAGAGAAAGGAAUCAAAAUACUGAAAAUAAUUGGUAGUAAUGUGUAAACAAAAGGAAAACUCGUUUUCUUUGGAGGCAGAAAGUUGAAGUAGGAAAAUAAACUUGCUUCUAAGAAGUCUGGAAAAACUGAAGUGUGGGAACUUUGCUGUUUUGGUGGAUGUUCAUAUUUUGCCCGAAGGCUCCAAUAAAGACACCAGCUGGUUUUCAGAUCAGGAGAAGGAGAACUGUGGGGCAAUGCAGAUGCCUUUAGGUGCCCCGUAACACAAGCAUGGUUUCUGCUGAUCCUCCCUUCCCCUGGAAGAAAUCAGUGGCUGCUCUCAGUGGGAUGCAGAGCCCUGUGGAAGGAUAACGUGGGUGUGCAGCACGGUACCUCUGCAGAGAAGGGAUGGGCGUGCUCUGCUGGCGGCACGAUUCACGGUGCAAGGAAGAACGCAGGUUGUGUGAGGCAGGCUGGGAGCUGCAUACAAGCCUGAGGUCUGCAUGUGCCUAGAAGAGGUGGUUGUUUCACGGAUCAAACACUACUUGGAAGCGCGUAAACAGCGUGGUCAAUGGAAGUCAGUGGAACAUGCAUCUUCAACUCCUCUGUUUAUUACAGCCAACAAUUUUCACAUUACUGCCUACUUUAUGAAGAGAUGGGUUAAUCUUCGUUGUGCUCUAGGGAAACAUUAUCGUGAACUACGUAUGUUUCCAGACAAAUUUGUUGUUUGUAUCAGUAAACUUGAAUUUAAUCCAAGUGCUUGGACAUGUGAAAAUGAUGCAUUGACGUCACUCUGGACAAAUGUUAAGGAUCUUCAGAGCUGGUUUUGUGAGAAAGAAGUUUCCAGUGGGACAUCUGAAUAUUUUGCUGAAUCUGCUGAGAACAGAAGGCUUAAGCUUAGUCUGAAUGAGCAGAUAAAGCAAGACAUCUUGAAGGAAAUUGUGAAAAGGACAAAAAAAGGGAAAAAUAACAUGAGCAAACCUCAAACCAGCAAGGACUUCAAGAAAGUGGAUCUUGGCUCAGUGGACUCACAGUCAGAGAACAGAAAGAAUGACUGUCAAACUCUUCCCAGUCCUCAAUCAGAAGUGAAAUGGAGGAGUACAGGACAACUAAAGGACAGCAUAAGUACAGCCGAGAGUAACUUGGAGCUUCCUGUUUUAGAGCUGGAAAAUAAUGUUAAUCAGAGACAGCCAGAAGAUGCUAGCAGCCAGCAAAAACCUCACUCUGCGGAGCGGUUGAAAUCAAGACUUCUAAGCAAGAAUUCUCCUUGUAGCUAUGAGUCAGCACUGCUAGGCCCUAAACAAAAUCAAAAAGUGACCGAAGCUCAGGCUCGACAAAAGAGUUGUAGUUCAGAAGAAAAGUUAGACCAUCGCAAAGAAAUAUCCUCUGAAGAGGCUCCUUUAAUUCCUAACAGCACAGAAAGGAGUAAGUGCAGUGACGAUCAUUUAGGUCUGUUCAUGGAGGAGAAGAUCCCUCUUAAUUCCAGGUUGUUUUCUAAACAAGACUUAACAAAAACUGUAUCUGGUGAAGAGUUACUUACUUUUGAAAAAAACCUCUCCCUGCCUCUUUCUAUGAGGACAAACCAAAAUGAGCCAGGAUCAACCACUGAAGAAUUACGUGUGGUGCCUUCAUCAUCCUGUUUAGAAAUGCAGGCUGUGUCUUCAGAGAAGCUGAUCCAAAAAAGGAAAAAAGACGGUGAAGAUGGUCUCAGGAAGUUAAAACUACGAAGGCUUAAGAAGCCAUAAAGACUGAAAUAUCACCUUGAUAGUGUGGGCGGACAUCCAGAUUUGUGUUUGGAAAACAUGUAUAAAAACCUGUUUACGUGUUACUCACAGUGUUUUGCAGUAAGGUUGCUAAUGCUAACCAAUCUUCAGGCUCUGCAGAAAGGUCUUUCCUAGUAACAAGCAAAAGGAAGGCUGCAAAUGAACCUGGGUUCGGAAGAAUAGCCUGAGUAUCCAGAAAACUAUGUGAAGGAAAGACUAGGGGAUGGGGAAACAGCAGCACAUGGAGCCUUUCAUCAAGGGGAUAUCAAAGUAUUCUGCAGCUGAACCUGAGAGGAAUGUGAACUUGGUUAUUUUGAUGGAUGAGAGCAAGCAGUUUCUUCACGAGAAACUGGUUGGAACAAUUUGCACAUCACAGAGAAGGAGCUUGCUGGAAGCUGUGGGCUGGAACUCUGGUCUGAUGCCUGUCUGAUACCGCAGCACUCCACGGCUGCCCCAGCGCUUGGUAUUAUCACGGUGGACAGAUGAAGGUAAUCUUGUUGAUUUCUCCUUCAGCAAGCAGUAAACUGAUGAUUCUCUGGUACUUUGGCUACGUGGCCUGCAACUGUGAACGACUUCUAGAAUACAUCCGCACACAGAAGUAGGACUCGACAGAGCGAAGCACAUAUGCUAACAAUGCCAUAACAGCAGAGAACACACAGCUAAGAUGAUGAAGGACAAAAACUCCCACAUUUCAGGAGGCUUACUGUGGAGAGAGCACAUGCACGACCGAGCAAUUUCUUCUCAUGGGAAAAAAACUAGAGGAAUCUAUCCAAUGGGUAAUCACACACAGCUAGUUGCAAGUCUGACUUCCCUUCUAAAAAUCUCAGGUGACAAACGGCUUCCUAAUUAAACUUUUUUUUUAAUAGCUAUUUCAAUUGCAGCCUAUUCUAGGUCAAUGGGAAACUCUUAAUAGUUUGUGUAUAAGAAAAUAGCUAGUCCAACUUAUGUUUCUUUGUGUGCAGAGAACAUGAAAGCAAGCCAGAUCAGACAAAACAAUCUCUUUCAAGUAGCUCCUGGAAAAUCCUUCUAGUAUCAAGAAUAUUGCAAUAACGCAGAAUGAUAAAAAAUUUAGGAACAUUCCCUUUUAAUUUGAAUUGCAUUGAAAGCAACUUGCCUAUGAGCUUGCAUGCUAGCAAAACUAAUGGACCUCACAUGCCAAAACAAGCACUCAAAUCUAGAAUUUUACUCCUUCCUGCCAAAUUAAAAGGGUUUUUAAAAUUAAUUUUCUUUAAAGCAAAUUUAAAGAGAAACAAUUUAAAAAAAGGAAAAAGAAAAAGAAAAAACCACAAAAAAGCGUAAGCUGUGGAGCCAAAAAUAUGGCUGUCUUCAGUCAGAUCAGCUUCAAAGUACAACAAACAAAAUGGGAUAAACUCUAUGGGCAUUUAAAAAGAAAAGCUGGGUAUCAAUUCCAGAACAAGAUUCAUGGUAAUAAUUUCUGUUUAAUAAUAUGUAUGCAACAGUUUCUCGUGAGAAAUAUAAAGUUAACUUUGUAUAAUGAUUCAUGAAUAAAUUUGGGCUUGUUGGCAGGCUUACAUUGAAGAAAGUGACUCGCACCAAAUGGGAAAAGGAUAUUUUAAGAAUGUUUGCAAAUAGUCUAUUGUACCAGAACCCAGAGCAGUUUCUGCUAGGAUGUUAUUUUUAAACUCUGUUGCAUUUGUAACAUACAGGCUAUAUGACUCAUCAAAACUUAAAAGAAAAGAAAAUCUUGUUUCUGCGUUCACUUUAAAGAUAUUGGUCUAACUUGGCAAGCAGAAGUUAUCUGAAAGCACCAGAAGGACAGCAUUGUUUCAAGACUAUGCAAAUCAAGUGUGGGAAAGUUGCACCUUAAGUAAAUAAGAGCACUAGUGCAUGUCUGGGCAGUGAGUGGGAGGACAGAAUGGACUUCAAAGCGCAGCAGCAAAAUUCUACAUUCAUCAGAGCCUACUGACAAGAUUUCAUCCCAGCUAUUAACCUCUCAGCACUCCGAGCCUGGCUCACAAUGGUAAAGGAACCGAAAGAUUUAACUAAUCCUAUUCUAAAGAAUGCUUGACUUUUGCCUACUGAUGGAAGAAAGCAAGGGUGGGAGGGAGAAAGGGGGAAAUGUGAGUGAAAGGAAGGAGAGAAAAAAAAGCCACACUGUACACUUCAAGGUUGUAGUUGAAACAGCAAUUAGGAUAUUGGAGGGGAAAAAACCCACAAAAAUAAAAACAAAACAAAAAACCCAACCCAUAAGACAUUUGUGCUAUUUAUGCGGCAGCAAUUAGUCAGUGCUCAUUAGGCAGUAUUCAGAUGAUUUAUCUCACUUCUUCCCCAGCCCCCAAAAUGCCACCAUUUCACAAACCAAAUGCUUCAAAUUAUCAGUGCAUUAAAAGCCUGCUCCCCCCUUAUUCUGGGCAAGUCGGCAUGAGUAAUGUGCCUUGCUCAAAAACAUGACUCCAAAAAUACCCUCACUCUACAAUCCUAUUGUGUUUUGCAUCACUCAUUUAAUUACUUGGUGGGGACACGGA